AUGAUUAUCAGACCUAUGGUGAGGCCUAGUGCCCUACAGAAAUAUACAUAUAGGUACCUAAGCACAGCGGAUAAGUAUUUCGUUCCUGAUAAUGAGAAGAUUCUUAAAAGCAAUGCCCCAAUUAUGAAAAGAGUUGAUGCUUAUCUCAGACUAGCAAGGUUCGAUAAGCAAAUUGGAACAAAACUACUCCUUUUGCCAUGCUUCUGGUCGAUUUCAUUAGCAGCAGUACCAGGAGCUCUUCCCAGUUUAUACACAAUGAGCCUCUUCACAGUUGGAGCUCUGAGUGCUAGAUCAGCAGGCUGUGCAAUCAAUGAUUACUGGGAUCUUGAUAUUGAUAAGAGUGUUGAGAGGACUAAAUAUCGUCCAGUUACAACAGGAGAGAUCACUAAGGUAAAGGCUUUAGGGUUCUUUGGAGCUCUCACAGGAACCUGUUUUGCUAUAGCAUACUCGCUACCUCCUUUGGUUACCAGUAUCGGGCUUUUAUGAGUACCUUUGGUUGUGGCUUACCCAAGAUUCAAAAGAUUCUUUAAAUACCCCCAAGGGAUGCUUGGAGUAACCUUUAACAUGGGUGUGUUCAUGGGAUAUGCAGCCAUUAAAAAUGUAAUCAACCUAAAAGUUCUUGGGCCUUUAUACAUAGGAUCGAUUCUAUGGACAAUAGUGUAUGAUACCAUCUAUGCAUUUCAAGAUAUCUCUUAUGAUAAGAAGAUAGGCCUCAAGAGUUGUGCAAUAGAGUUUGAGAAGAAUCCAAAACUAAUCCUUGGAUCCUUAGCUGCCCUAAGUACAGGAUGAAUGGGCCUCGCUGGAUAUCUUGCUGGGUUACAUCCUAUUUAUUAUAUGUUUUUGGCAGGAGCUGCUUCUCAUUAUUCCUGGCAAAUUAGCACUCUAGAUAUAAAAAAUGUGGAUAGAUGAAAAAACAUGUUCCUAUCCAAUCAAUAUCUAGGAAUUCUGAUCUUAUUUGGGUUCAUAAUGGGCAGAUAUUACCAACAGCCAAAAGAAAAAGAGGAGUAA